CUUUUUGAAGUGAAAUUCAGAUACUCAGUCUAAGUGAAAUAAACAUGUAUAAAACACAGAUCAGGCCCAGGAGGUUUACACAGACAGCCACUUAGUAUGACGUAGUGAAAGAGGCCUGUACACUGGCUUUUAUCAGAAUGUAAAUGUGGGAGGAGAAAGUGUGAAGGAGGGAGAGAUAGAGAAAAGGAUGAUUCUAAUGAAAGUAAGAGAAGGCUCAGAUAUGAGCAGGAUGCUGAAGGAGAAGGAGUUCUGAUGAAAGGCCUUUGGAAACAAAUGAAAAGACCAAGAUGACUCGAAACCCAUCAGUUCAGCAGGAAUUUCUCCAGCUCUCCCUACAUCAGGUUCAGUCUGAGGAAUCACGGUCAUUGGUCAAGAACAAGUGGCGUGGGCUCCUGUUUUUUCAUUUUUUUCUGGCCGCCUGUAUCAUUGGUACAGUUAUGGGGUUGGGGUAUUACUUCCUACAGGAACACACUCUAACUACUGAAGACCCUCUUCCCUGUCUCUCUCCAGCAUGCAUGAGAAUAGCAGAACACUUCUCUGCAGCCAUGGAUCCUUUUUCCCAACCCUGUGAUUAUACCCUGUUUAGUUGUGAAGCAGAAAUGUCACCCAAGAGCAGAGGGAGACACCGAGGCACAAUCGUCUCCCGUAAUGUCACCAGAAGAGAUGAGAUGAGAAGGAGAAUGGGGAGAGGUAGUGGGAUGAGAACAAACAGAGGGUCAGACACUGAAAGAACGAGAGAUGACAGAUUACCUGACAGACAGACAGCUUUGCUCCAAGCAAUAAAAGAGAUUCUGGAGUCUCCCAAAAGGAAUGCUACCAGUGCUGCACAGAAAGCACAGACGUUCUAUAACACCUGCAUGAGGCCUAACACUACAUUAACUGAGAGCAUAUAUCACGCCCAAACGCUAAUUCAGCAGCUGGGUGGCUGGCCUGUAUCUGGGAGCUGGACUCAGCCUGAGUUGAACUCCACUCUGGCUCUGCUGAUGUCGCAAUACAACACCUUUCCUUUCUUUAAUGUAUAUGUGGGCCCUGACCACAAUGAGAGCCAGAACUACAUCCAGAUUGAUCAGCCAGAUUUUCAGUUCCCUGUUGAGUGGAACAGCCGAACAAACAGAUCCAAAUUCAACUCACAGUCUCUGCGUCCAUUCUUCUCAUCCUGUAAGGAGCUUUUGGCUCUGUUGAAUGUUUCCUUAAUUAGCAGUACUAAGCACUGUGCCUUGUAUAUGUCUCUGAGUUCAACUCUAGUUACAAACACUGCACCUCUUUCCUACCGACUCAGCCAGAAACUCCUGUACCAUCGAAUCACCAUCCAGGAGUUACAGGAGCUGGCCCCCAGUAUUGAUUGGCUCAGCUGUCUCCAGGAUAUCUUUCACCCUGUUCCUGUCAGCAAGUCAGAUGUUGUGUUAUUGCAUAAUCAACCCUAUAUCAUCUACAUGUCACAGACAAUUAGCAACUGGAGGCAUACACAUGAGAUGAUGGACAGUUAUCCUGUCCAUACUUAUAUGAUCAUGAAUCUUCUGCAAAUACUCAUGCCUGCUCUGCACACCAGAUUCAUGCAGACCAUGAAAAAGUUCUCUAUAGCAAUUGACAAUGAAAAUGAGGUUGUGCCACACUGGAGACACUGUGUACUGCAGACCGUGAAAGGUUUUGACACUUUGAUCAGUCAUUUGAUCAAAGACCAUUAUGCUGGUGAAGAGGCUGGAACGCUGAUAAGUGAUAUUUACGACUCCUUCAAGACCAAAAUAUCCACCCUAAACUGGCAGAAUGAGGACACACAGGAUUUAGUUUUGAAUAAGAUUAAGUCUCUCACACCAAAACUCUCCACUAACAAUGAAUUCUUCAAUCUGCUGAAACCUGAUGAGUAUUUUGGAGAGGUGAUUAUGAGUGAGAAGGUCUAUUUCUCCAACUACCUGCAGAUGCUUCUUCUUCAGCAGAGGAUGAGGAGCAGACUGCUCUCUCACACUCCACAGCCUGAUGUUUUGUUCGUCCAUCCAUUUGUCUCUGGUAAUGUCAUCAUCAUCCCAGUUGGAUUGUUUGUGUUACCACAGUUUCAUUCCUCCUAUCCCAGAGCUGUCAACUAUGGGAUGUUAGGAACCUUAAUCGCAAAAGACCUCCUGCAUGUGCUGUUACCAGAUAUCCUAUCUCAGUCAAAGAGUGCUGUGCUGGAGAGUGAGUGUGUGUGGUCACACUAUCUCACAACACAGAAGGGAACUUCCUCUCUCUCUCCAUCCCAGCAGCAGGAGGUGUGGGUGCAAUACUCAGCCCUUCAGGUGGCUCUACUGGUAGGCUUCUGGAGACCAUACCCCUACCAGGUCAUACCAAUUAAAACCACAAUAAUGCAUUGGCCUGCCUGCUUCAGCCAAAUGUUAACUCAUAUGUUGCAAUUCUUUCUUCACAGGCAAGCUGUGACUCUGAGCUAUAUAGUGCACUCAUGCCAUUUGAACCCUCCUUCCUGGUGACUUUACUGUGUGUCAACUCUCUGCACUGUCCCAAACCAAUGACCUGUGUGGAUAACAGAUCACAAGGACAUCUUCUUGAACUGUGCUAGAAGUAUGGUUCUGCUGAGGAACAUUAUUCAUAGCUGGGCAAUAAGGUGGACACUAAAACAAUAUGAUGCUGCUCAGAAAUUGGAUGGAUACAAAGAGCAUCAGUGGAGACCAUGACAGUUACACCAAACCCAUAAAUGCAUUAUAAUAUUUCA